AUGCUGGCCAUCACGGGCGUCGACCAGGGGAUUGUGGAGAAGUAUAGGGGCCACGUCCCGCUGCUGUGCAAGGUACUACGCGGGCUGCUGCAGGGCGGCUUCUCCCCCGAGCACGACGUGGGCGGCAUCACCAACCCCUUUCUGCAGGUCAGGAUCCUGCAGCUGCUGCACGUCCUGGGCCGCGGCAACGCUGAGGCCAGCGACCAGAUGACCGACAUCCUGGCGCAGGUGGCGGCGAAUGUGGAGGGCAACCGCAACGCCGGCAACGCCAUCCUCUACGAGGCCGUCAACACCAUUAUGGGCAUCGAGACCAUUGGCGGCCUGCGCGUGAUGGCGGUGAACAUCCUGGGCCGCUUCCUUGCCAACCGCGACAACAACAUACGAUACGUCGUGGCUGUGGACAAGGCCGCGGUGCAGCGCCACCGCGCGACCAUCGUGGACUGCGUGAAGGACGCAGACGUCUCCAUCCGCCGCCGCGCGCUGGAGCUCGUCUACGCACUGGUCAACGAGUCAAACAUACGCCCGCUCACGCGCGAGCUGCUGGACUACCUCGCGGUCUGCGACCCUGAGUUCAGGCCCGACCUCACGGCCAAGGUCGCGAGCCUGGUGCAGCGGUACGCGCCGGACAAGCGGUGGCACAUAGACCAGCUCGUCGCCGUCAUGAGCCAGGCGGGAACGCUGGUGAAGGAGCCCGUGGUGCGGGCCCUGGUGGUGCUCAUCACCAACGCGCCGGAGCUGCACCCCUACGCGGCGCGCGCCGCCGUGCGCGCGCUGCAGCGCACGGGCGCGGCGGCCGAGCCGGCGCUGCUGACGUGGGCGCUGUGGACGGUCGGGGAAUUCGGGGAGGCGCUGCCGGGGCCGGGCUCUGCGGGGGGGCUGCUGGAGGGGGAGCGGCCGCUGCCGCUGGGUGAGGGGGACGUGGUGGGGCUGGUGGAGACGGCGCUGCGGCGGCCCAAGGCGCCGGCGGCGGUGCGGGAGGUGGCGCUGACGGCGCUGGCCAAGCUCAGCGCGCGGCUGCCGGGGCAGGUCGAGCGCAUCCGCGCGCUGAUCGAGCGCUACCGCGGCAGCUCCCUCCUGGAGGUCCAGGCCCGCAGCUGCGAGUACGCCCGCAUCUUUGGCCACGACGCGCUGCGCCCAGAGCUGCUGGAGCGCAUGCCCGCGCUGGACGAGGCGGAGUACGCGCGAGACAUGGGCGCGGGCACCAUGGCGGCCGGCCUGCCGUCGGGGGCGGCGCCGGCGGGCGGCGGCGGGGGGGACCUGUUGGGGGUGGAGGACGCAGGUGCGGGCGGCGGCGGCGCGGCGGCGGGGCCCGCAGGGGACGACUUGGUGGACUUGUUGGGCGGCCUCGACGCGGCCGCGGCGGCGGACGCCCUGGGCGACCUCCUCGGCGGCGGCCCCCCCGCCCCCGCGCCCCCGCCGGGCGGCCUGGCGCCGAUCGUGGCGUUCGACAAGGGCGGCCUGCGCGUGGCUUUUGCGUUUGAGAAGCCCGCGCCAGAGAACCCGGGGCUGACCACUAUUGUGGCGACAUACACCAACAGCGGCCUGGAGGACAUCGAGGGUUUCACGCUGCAGGCGGCUGUCCCCAAGUACAUGCAGCUGCGCCUGGAGCCCGCCAGCGCGACGCUCCUGCCAGCCCUGGGCGCCGCGCCCGCCACGCAGCGCAUGCACGUGAUCAACUCGAUGCACGGCGCCAAGGCCGUGGCCAUGCGCCUGAGGCUGGCAUACACCCUGGGCGGGCGGCAGGUGCUGGAGCAGGCGGAGGUGUCAAACUUCCCAGAGGGGUUGUAG